AUGGCGCCGGUCACGGAACUCGCCGCCGGCGCAAAUCAUGUGAAUGGAUUCUCUGACCACAAAAAGCCAAUCAAAACGAGCACAAGUCCAUACGAGACCAACCCAGACAAUAUCGCGCGCGACGACCCCUUCCUCGUCCAAAGUGCUCUGUAUGGCCGAUACACCCCACAUCCCGACGAUUUCACCCCUCACUACCAACACUGGUACCAAUCUGACCCCGACGCAAAUGCCUAUUGGCAGGGAGUCGCCGAAAAGUUUUGUACCCCGGAUCUAUCGCUCAAGAAUACGGGGCCUCGGGAGGCAUUCGCUGCAGGCAGCGUGCUUAUAUGGGUUGACCGUGAACCUGCUGAUGGUGAAGUGACAGAGCGAUUCUCCUGUUUGAACGCCAACGAACUGUCUGCGGCGAGGAAAGUUGAAGACACACUCAGAGAUAUUGGUGUUGCGGUUCCAGUAAUACAUUUUUGCGGCACAAUUGAAGGGCGGAAUGUGACGGUGGAAUCUCGAAUCCCCGGCGUCUCGCUCGAUGUCGCAUGGCGGUACCUCAGCCCAAAACAAAUCGAAACCUUCAAAAACCAGGCUCGCCAAAUCCUACGCCUCCUCGCUUCUAUAGAUCCCGCUUCGAACGAACCUACCUACGUUUGUCGCGGACUCGACUCCCAGACACCCCUCCCCGACAAUGAGAAGGAACGGAGUAUACUUUUUGCAGAAAAGACUGCCAAGGAGAAUUUGUGUCUUACGCACAAUGACUUGAUACCAGCGCAUAUUGUUGUGAAGGGUGGCAGAAUUGUGGGUGUGACUAGCUGGCGACAAAGUGGGUAUUUUGGGUUUGAAAGAGCCAAGGAGGUACAUCGGCUGUUGAGGAACACCGAUUCCACUAUACAAAAGAGUGAUAAGGAUGCUACAUGGGCCGAUCUCUAUGACCAGGCGUAUGACCCAAGCAAAAGCUUGCCGCUGGUCGCAACCAAAGACACUCCCUUCCCGUCUAUAAAGACCGAGCCAGCUGGUGACGACCCUGAAUUAAAACCCACCGGACUCGACAGUACCAACGAUCAUCCGACUUCGAAGACUCUGAACAAUCUCAAAAAUGGCGUAUCAUCUCGCGCACCAUCUUCCGAUCGCUCCUCCCCAGCAAACUCCACCAAAUCCGCAUCAACCAAAAAGGCUGCUUCGGCAGCGACCAAGAAAGGCACGGCGAAGAAGCCAGCUGCCAAAAAGCGAAAGAUCAAUGAUCCUGAUACAGAAAGUGUCGACGGCCGCCGAUCAAAUACACCCGCGUCUCGGACUAGUAAAACCCCCGGUCAAAAGCAAGAUUCAGUAUCUGCUGCUGGCUCGCCUGCGCCUGAGCCAAAAAAGAAGACUAAAAAGCGUCCCCCCAAAAGGCGCACUGCAGAAGAUGACGAUGACGAUGACGAUGACGACAAUCAACCUUUCUGUAUUUGCCGGCUCCCUGAUAACCAUACAUGGAUGAUCGGAUGCGAUGGUGGAUGCGAAGAUUGGUUCCAUGGAAAAUGCGUCAAUAUCCAUCCCCGAGACGCUGACCUGAUCGAACAGUAUAUUUGUCCCAACUGCGCCGAUGAGGGUAAGGGCUGCACCACAUGGAAACCAAUGUGUCGUCUCCCCGAAUGUCGUAAGCCUGCCCGUGUAGCUCGAAAGAAUCCCAGCAAGUAUUGCUCUGAUGACCAUGGUCAAGAGUUUAUGCGCCGCCAAAUUCACAGUCUUCAAUUUGGACCAGAAAGGAAGGGGCACGAAGAUUUGGGUAGCAUGGGCGGCAUUCUUACGCCUGGUGAUCUAAAAGCAGUGAUAAUGGGGACGACCUCUGUGAAAGAGUUCCGAACCCUAGGCGACAGGAUAUUGUCACCAUCUCCAGAGUCCGCUCGGGACACCCCAAAUGGCGACAUCAAGGAGAAGCCCGUAUCAACAUCAGAUGCCUGUUCAGGAUUUGGCGUCGAUGUUCCAAGUGUAGAAUAUUCCGCCGAAGAAGCUGCGAAGGUUGCCAAAAUCCAGAAGCUCCGUGACGACCUUCUCCAUCGCAAAGAGAUGCUCGCUGCCCGUACAACAUUCGUGGGUCUCUUACGCCAAAGGGCGAAAGGCGUGGUGGAAAAAUUGAAGCAGAAGGAACCCAAAAACGGAUGGAAGGACAUCUGUGGAUUUGAUUCGCGGCUUUCAUGGUCGGACGAGGAGUUUGAUGAAUGGCGGUUGUCUGAAGCUGGCAAGAAAGCGCUUUUGGAAGGCACCGUUGAAGCUUUUGCGGCUAGCUACCCCACCACACCCGAUGCCGAUGGCGAUACAGCCAUGGACAGUGAGGGUGAAAACGAGAUCGCCUUUUUGACUCGCGGGAUCUGUAUCAAGAAGCGGUGCGAGAGACACAAGCAGUGGGUGAAGGUGCAACAGCAGGACAUCGUAUUCGAAGAAAACACCGCAGACCAAGAUCUGUCCAAGUGUGAGAGGGAAGCACGCUCUGUUGCGGAAAGGGCCGUUUUAAGGAACUGGGCCGAGAAGGAAAAUGUACCUUCUAACGCCGGGUAA